AUGCAGCUCAUAUUUCCCGUCUUGCCUGCAAACGUGCCACCUCGGUUGCGUACAAGCCUGUCACACCUUGAUGCAUUAGCCAUUCUUGAAAGGGCGAAGCGGAGCUCGUGCCAGGACAAAGAAGGGUUUUGCUCUGAAGUGGAACAACUGAUCAAUGAGCAUCACUUUGAGGUGGGGCACGAAGGCAAUUCGUUGCAGAUGAGUCGAGUCCGGCUCACGUCGUUGAUGGGGCAUAUGCUCUCCGUAUCUAAGAAGUACCGUGUGGAGCUAGACCCAUCAUUUGUCAACAUUGUAGUGGCAAUGUCUGUUUUAGAAGGUGUCGGGGCCCAACUCUGCCCUGAUGCGGAUGUGUUGAGGACUGCGCUGCCGUACAGUCUGAUGGCUGCUAGGCUCCUCAACAAUGAUAGCAGCAAGGAAGCUUAA